GUUGUGAUAACAUAUUUUGUACAAAAAUAAAACAUUGAUAUACUGUUGACACAAAUCUCAGAGAGUAUCAAAAUCGAUGAAAAUUUGUCGGAUUUAAAAAGCAUUUAUUCUCGUUUCGUUGAGUGAAUAAAAAUGGCAUUGAUUUCGUGUGUGUUUAUGUUAUUGGUAUUGUGCGCAAUAUUGGUGUUGUGCGCAAUCGAACCCACAAAUCGAAUAGCAAUUCAUCGUGAUGAUUUAGAGGCAUACAUUCAACGACAAAACAAUUACGGUUUUAUUCAAGAAUUUAAAAUGCUUCCACAUAAAUUCAAUGAUCGUACAACAAAUCACUCCGAUGCCAAAGAAAAUUCAAACAAAAAUCGGUACAGCGAUAUUAAAGCAUACGAUCAAACUCGAGUGAAAUUAUCACAAUGCACAACGAAUGGAAUGAACUCUGUUUCAGAUUAUAUAAAUGCAAAUUUUGUGACUGGAUAUAAGGCACGUAAACAGUUCAUUUGUUCGCAAGGACCGUUGGAGAGUACGGUAAACGAUUUCUGGCGCAUGGUUUGGGAACAAAAUAUCGAAAUUAUUAUCAUGUUAACGAAUCUAGUAGAAAAUAAUUGGAUAAAAUGCACCAAAUACUGGCCAGACCUUAUUACUGAUACCCAGAAAUUUGGCGAAAUCUCCGUAACACUUACGCAUGAACAACGUUACGCUGAUUAUGUUGUUCGUGAAUUGAAACUCACGCGAAAUGGAAGCUCGUGUCUCAUGGGCGGUGGAAAAGACGAGAAACACAUCACUCAAUAUCACUUUUUAGCUUGGAAUGAUUAUAUGGCACCGACAAUGAGUUUGAUUCGAUUUAUUCGCAAAAUUAACGAUUUUUAUUCAGUGCAACGCGGCCCGAUUCUAGUUCACUGUUCAGCUGGCGUCGGUCGCACAGGAACAUUAGUUGCAUUGGAUUCUUUGAUGCAACAAUUACAAGAUGAAAAUCAAGUAUCUGUGUUUAAAACGGUUGCUGAGAUGCGUCAUCAGCGCAGCUCUUUGGUACAGUCACUGGAACAAUACAAAUUCCUGUACCAAGCCUUGCUUGAAGUCGUGAAGAAUGGAAGCAAUGGUUCAAAGUGAUCAGUGCCAAUUAAAAACGGAAUUAUUAAUUCGAAUUUUUGGAAAACGAACGAAAUUGAACGAGAAAAUCAUAUGAACUUGUGUAAAGUUAUGUUUUGCUUUUGAAUAAAUGUAAUGCAACAUGUUAAAGAG